CCCGCCCCGCGGCACUGGCCGGCUGCCUAAGGGCGCGCGCGCGGCGCGUUCCCGGAGCAUCGCGGCCGCGGGCCUGGAAGCGGCGGGAUGGUGGGGGCGGCGGUCCGGCUGUUGCGCGGCGGCGCGCCGCUCUGCAGGAACUUCCUGACGUGCCCGUCGUCCUGGGGGGCUCCUCCGCGAGCCCCCAAGUCUUCCCAGUCCGAGGCGCUGCUCAACGUCCCCGCCAGCAAUGGCCUCCUCACGGGACCCCUGCAGACCUUCACGGACGAGGAGCUGCUGAUGAAGAGCACAGUGAAAAAGUUUGCCCAGGAACAAAUCGCUCCUUUGGUUUCGACAAUGGAUGAAAACUCAAAAAUGGACAAAUCGGUCAUCGAAGGAUUAUUUCAACAAGGGCUGAUGGGCAUCGAGAUCGACACGAAGUACGGGGGGACGGGCGCCUCCUUCUUCUCCUCCAUCCUGGUGAUCGAGGAGCUGGCCAAAGUGGACGCCUCCGUGGCCGUGCUCUGCGACAUCCAGAACACCAUCAUCAACACGAUGCUCCGGAAGCUGGGCACCGAGCAGCAGAAGGCCACCUACCUGCCCAAGCUGGCCACGGAGAUGGUGGGCAGUUUCUGCCUUUCCGAGGCUGGAGCAGGAAGUGACUCGUUUGCCCUGAAGACCCGCGCUGAGAAGAAAGGGGAUCACUACGUGAUCAACGGGUCCAAAAUGUGGAUCUCCAACGCGGAGUACGCGGGGCUCUUCCUGGUCAUGGCCAACGUGGACCCCAGCUCCGGCUACAAGGGCAUCACCUGCUUCCUGGUGGACCGGGACUCGGAGGGCCUCCACAUUGGGAAGCCGGAGAACAAGAUGGGCAUCCGGGCGUCUUCCACCUGCCCGCUGACAUUCGAGAACGUCAAGGUCCCCCAGGCGAACGUGGUGGGGCAGGUGGGACACGGCUACAAGUACGCCAUCGGCAGUCUCAACGAGGGCCGGAUCGGAAUCGCCGCCCAGAUGCUGGGACUGGCACAAGGCUGUUUCGACUACACAAUCCCGUAUAUCAAGGAGAGGAUACAGUUCGGCAAAAGGCUGUUUGAUUUUCAGGGGCUCCAACACCAAGUGGCCCACGUGGCCACCCAGCUGGAGGCCACCCGCCUGCUCACGUACAACGCGGCGCGGCUGCUGGAGGCCGGGAGGCCCUUCGUGAAGGAGGCGUCCAUGGCCAAGUACUACGCCUCGGAGAUCGCCGGGCUCACCACGAGCAAGUGCAUCGAGUGGAUGGGCGGCGUGGGCUACACCAAGGACUUCCCCGUGGAGAAGUUCUUCCGCGACGCCAAGAUCGGGACAAUCUACGAGGGGGCUUCGAACAUUCAGCUCAACACGAUCGCCAGGCGCAUCGACGCAGAAUACUGACCCCCUCGGACGCCGCCAACCCCUGUGCCUUACCGUGGGGGGGGGAAGACCCCCCCACACUCAGUAUUUUAGUGAAGCCGCCCACGGUGGUUUCUGGGCUCGAGAUCUCUGCGUUUCUCCUUUCCUGCCCGUUUCGCUUCAGUCGUGUUUGGGGAGUGGGGAGGAAGCCGCUUUGCUUCUGCGGAGGCUCCUCAGGCCGGCGUCCCGGCCAGCCUCGGGCCCGAGAGGCAGGGCUGGAGCCAUCGGUCAGCGCGUGGGGCACUUGCCUUGCACGCAGCCGACCCGGGUUCGAUUCCCAGGAUCCAUAUGGUCCCCCGAGCACCGCCAGGAGUAAUCCCUGAGCACUGCUGGAUGUGGCCCCCAAACCAAAAACAUUUAAAAAAAAAAAUCAAUAAAUGAUCAGCAUUUGGGCAAGUGGAGACACUGAAGGGUCACUCACUGAGAUAUUUGGGGUUUUUUUUCUUUCCUUUUCCUUAUUGGAGCGGCCAUUCCAGAGAACAGAUUGCUCCGAAGUUCCUAAACGAAGUAGGAGAGGAUAAGAAAAUAUGUAGAGAGACGCAAGUGCUAGGUACCUGAGGACGGGCAGGAAAGGAGCCACGCGGCUGUACGAGAGUGUCCGCCAGGAGACGGACGGAGAGUGUCGCGUAAUCGGCCUUAAAGGUGGACCCCGGGACUCCCUCAGCGGCCACUUACGGACGAGACUCUGCCUUAGUUUCCGCGUAGCAGGGUGGAAGGAUUCGCUGUAGUAAGCAAAGUGUUUUCCAGUAUUUUCUGUGCAGCCACGCUCUGCCUCCCAGCGGCCCGAACUCUCUGUUGGAGCCGAGUCCUGGUCCUCACCCUUCGGCGGGGAGCUUCGUCGUGACUCCGGAGCUUAGAAACGGCCCCAGGUGGCGCUGUGGGCCCGGAGCGCAGGCCUUGCCGGCGGCACCCUAGGGAGUGACCCUCGGGCACACAGAAACUGAGAUUUGUGUGAGGGGGCCGUGGGGCGUGGAGGGCAGCGCCCAGGGUGACCCUGGCCACACUUCACGCGUGUCAGCCAAGGGUAGGGGUGAGGCUCCCUGGGCAAGACACGUUCCUGCUUCCAUCUCUGGUGCCCCAAAAUGCAUUAAAGAAGUAAAUAAAAACAACUUUGCAGUUCAAGAAGCAAAUCCA